UUCGCGCAAAAAAGAGAACUGGGGGAAACUCUUGACUCGUUCCAAUGCUCGUUCCUUACAAUGGCGGCCAUGUUGCUGUUGAUUCGAAUCAAACUCAGUCCAGAGGCUUAACUUGUAUUUGGAUGUGAAAAAUUCUAUCAAAAAUGCCUUCUGGCAUAGGAGAGUCUGGGAUACGUGACACAUGGGAGUCCAACUUGGAGGAGGAGUUUAAGAAUGUCAGACAAAUUGUUAAAAAGUAUAAUUAUAUUGCAAUGGACACUGAGUUUCCAGGGGUGGUUGCAAGACCAAUUGGUGAAUUCAAAAGCAGUGCUGAUUACCAGUAUCAGCUGUUGCGGUGUAAUGUUGACCUCCUGAAAAUCAUCCAGCUAGGCUUGACAUUCUAUGAUGAAAAUGGCGAGCAGCCCCCAGAAGGAUCUACCUGGCAGUUUAACUUCAAGUUCAAUCUAACGGAAGAUAUGUAUGCACAAGAUUCUAUCGACUUACUUGUUGACUCUGGGAUUCAAUUUCGGCGACAUGAAGAUGAAGGCAUUGAUGUAAACCGGUUUGCAGAACUGCUAUACACGUCAGGGAUUAUUUUAUCUGAUGACAUAAGAUGGUUAUCAUUUCACAGUGCGUAUGACUUUGGGUACUUGUUGAAGGUCCUCACAGCUUCCAACUUGCCAGUGGAGGAGUCCGAUUUUUUCGAUUUGCUAAGACUGUAUUUUAACAAUGUUUACGACAUUAAAUAUUUGAUGAAAAGCUGCAAGAGCUUGAAGGGCGGCCUGCAGGAAGUGGCCGAACUUUUAGAGCUCGAAAGAAUCGGACCCCAGCAUCAAGCAGGGAGCGACAGCUUGCUGACAGGUGCUGCAUUUUUUAAAAUGAGAGAGAUGUUCUUUGAAGACAACAUCGACGAUGAUAAGUAUUGUGGACAUCUUUUCGGACUGGGAGCCCCAUAUGCCAAUGGUUCUGCUAAUGCUUAUCAAGGCACUCCAGCGGGAACCUAGGCCGCUGUUUUGCAUCAUGUGCAUGCGGUAAAGACUUAAAUGGAUUUUGAUGUAGAUAAAUGGGUUAUGUAGAGAUGAAGCUAGCUGAUAUAGCCAGAUGUUUUAGCAAUACUGACAAGGUAGAUAUUAGUUUCAUUACAACUUUUAAUAGAAUUUGAAGUCCAAUCCGCCUUGUCUUACCAUAACCAUCAGCGUCAUUUUCAUGCGUCUGCGGUAAAGAA